CAGUGUUUGCAUGGGUGCAGAGAGACAGUGGGUUAGAGGAUUCCAGAACUGUCUCUGUGUUCUUCCCGUUUUUGCCUGCUGGUGGCCGUCUGUCACCUGGAGAGGGGGCGUGUUUCGUUGGAUGGCUGAUCUCUUUUGUUAAUGAGGCAAGCGUUCUGAGAGGACCACUGAGUGAUCUAAGAGCUGUAGAUUUCUGCGUGUGGAAACAGUGAGAGGACAGUCAUGGCUCACGCUGCGGCUCACAUUAAGAAGGCCAGGUCUGAAAUGGACCAACCUCCGGAUCUGAAGGCUCUGGAGAAAGCCAGAGAGAGGAGAAGGCGCUCCCGGGAACGGGCUGAACGCAAGCGCAAGUCGGACAGUAACACAAGUUUCCUGCGAGCAGCAAGAGCGGGGAACGUCGACAAGGUUUUGGAAUAUCUGAAAGGGGGCGUGGACAUCAGUACCUGCAAUCAGAAUGGUCUUAAUGCGUUGCACCUGGCAGCCAAGGAGGGGCACAUAGAUCUGGUCCAGGAGUUGCUGGACAGGGGUGCAGCUGUGGACUCAGCCACAAAGAAAGGAAACACAGCGCUGCAUAUAUCCUCUCUGGCUGGCCAGGCUGACGUGGUGAAGAUCCUCAGCAAACGUGGUGCUGACAUCAACGCACAGUCUCAGAAUGGAUUCACUCCUUUGUACAUGGCUGCCCAAGAAAAUCAUCUGGACGUGGUGAGGUACCUGCUUGAGAAUGGAGGCAACCAGAGCAUUGCUACAGAGGACGGCUUCACCCCUUUGGCCAUCGCGCUCCAGCAGGGCCACAACCAGGUUGUGUCCGUCUUAUUAGAAAAUGAUACGAAAGGCAAGGUCCGCCUGCCUGCCUUGCACAUUGCAGCUCGUAAAGAUGACACCAAAUCAGCAGCCCUGCUCCUCCAGAAUGACCACAACGCCGACGUCCAGUCAAAGAUGAUGGUCAAUAGGACUACUGAGAAUGGAAAGAGUGGAUUCACCCCCCUGCACAUUGCUGCUCACUAUGGGAACGUGAAUGUGGCCACGCUCCUGCUGAACCGAGGGGCAGCAGUUGACUUCACAGCGAGGAAUGGAAUCACUCCACUGCAUGUGGCCUCUAAGCGUGGCAACACAAACAUGGUUCGCCUGUUAUUAGACCGUGGCUCUCAGAUUGAUGCUAAAACGAGGGACGGCCUGACUCCGCUUCACUGUGCUGCUCGCAGCGGACAUGAUACGGCUGUAGAGCUGCUGCUGGAGAGAGGAGCGCCUUUACUGGCCAGGACCAAGAACGGGCUGUCCCCUCUCCACAUGGCGGCACAAGGUGACCACAUUGAAUGCGUCAAACACCUUCUACAGCACAAGGCUCCUGUUGAUGAUGUCACAUUGGACUACCUGACAGCACUGCAUGUGGCAGCUCACUGCGGUCACUACAGAGUCACCAAACUGCUGCUGGACAAACGGGCCAACCCUAACGCCAGGGCGCUGAAUGGCUUCACACCGUUGCAUAUCGCCUGUAAGAAGAACCGCGUGAAGGUGAUGGAGCUGCUGGUUAAAUAUGGAGCUUCAAUCCAGGCCAUUACAGAGUCGGGUCUGACGCCCAUCCAUGUAGCAGCCUUCAUGGGUCACCUGAACAUCGUCCUGCUCCUGCUGCAGAACGGGGCCUCGGCUGACGUCAGCAACAUUCGUGGAGAAACGGCCUUACACAUGGCAGCCCGCGCAGGUCAGGUGGAGGUCGUCAGAUGUCUCCUGAGGAAUGGAGCAAUGGUAGAUGCACGGGCACGUGAGGAGCAGACGCCCCUUCACAUUGCAUCCCGCCUGGGGAAAACUGAGAUUGUGCAGCUGCUGUUGCAGCACAUGGCCCAUCCUGAUGCUGCCACAACCAAUGGCUACACCCCCCUCCACAUUUCUGCCAGGGAGGGGCAGGUGGAGACUGCCUCAGUGCUGCUAGAGGCAGGGGCUUCACACUCACUAGCCACCAAGAAAGGUUUUACUCCGCUGCAUGUGGCCGCAAAGUAUGGAAGCCUGGAUGUAGCCAAACUUCUGCUACAGCGUCGCGCUCCUCCUGACUCUGCUGGGAAGAAUGGCCUCACCCCGCUCCACGUUGCAGCACAUUAUGAUAACCAGAACGUGGCGCUCCUGCUUUUGGACAAAGGAGCGUCACCGCACACGAUGGCAAAGAACGGCUACACUCCUCUGCAUAUUGCGGCUAAAAAGAACCAGAUGGAGAUCGCCACAGUGCUGCUGCGUUACGGAGCAGAGACUAACAUCCUGACCAAGCAGGGGGUCACUCCGCUCCAUCUGGCCUCCCAGGAGGGUCAUGCGGACAUGGCCGCUCUGCUUAUAACCAAAGGAGCUCAAAUCAACGUUCCCACCAAGAGCGGCCUGACUGCCCUUCAUUUGGCAGCUCAGGAGGACAAAGUGGCCGUUGCUGAGAUUUUGGCCAGAAACGGUGCCAACCUGGACCAGCAGACCAAGUUGGGCUACACGCCGCUGAUUGUAGCAUGUCACUAUGGAAACGCAAAGAUGGUCAACUUCCUCCUUCAGAAUGGCGCAAGUGUCAAUGCCAAGACUAAGAACGGAUACACUCCCCUGCAUCAGGCAGCACAGCAGGGAAACACACACAUCAUCAAUGUGCUGCUGCAGUACGGAGCCAAACCCAACGCUACCACUGUGAAUGGCAACACAGCUCUGGGAAUUGCUCGCAGGCUGGGUUAUAUCUCUGUGGUGGACACACUGAGGGUUGUCACUGAAGAGAUCAUUACCACCACCACGACGGUGACGGAGAAACACAAGCUGAAUGUGCCAGAGACCAUGACUGAGGUCCUCGAUGUGUCCGAUGAAGAGGCGUGGAAAACCAUUGAUGAUGAUGUUAUGUCAGACGACUCCAUGGAUGAUGAAGGUGACGACACAAUGACAGGCGACGGAGGGGAGUAUCUGAGGGCUGAGGAUCUCCGGGAGCUGGGAGAUGACUCCCUGCCAGGACAGUACCUGGAUGGGAUGAACUACCUGCGCUUCAGCCUGGAGGGAGGACGAACUGACAGUCGAAUGCAAAGUUCAGACAGGUCCUUCACGCCCACUCACCACAGCUACUACUCUUCUAAACAUGAAGGCAUGAUGGAGGAGAUGCUCACCAGUCACCAGGUUUCAUCACUUGCCAGGGAGGCUGAGAGGGAUUCAUACCGGUUGAGCUGGGGCACAGAGAACCUGGACAACGUGGCUUUGUCCUCCAGCCCUGUCCAUUCAGGCCACUCCUCUCCGUGCCAUGAUCAUGGAGACCACAGCAGCUUCCUGGUCAGCUUCAUGGUAGAUGCCAGGGGCGGAGCCAUGCGUGGUUGUCGACACAAUGGCCUCCGCAUCAUCAUCCCGCCCAGGAAGUGCAGUGCCCCAACAAGAGUGACGUGCCGACUGGUGAAGAGGCACCGUCUGGCCACCAUGCCCCCGAUGGUUGAGGGGGAGGGUCUGGCCAGCAGGCUCAUUGAGGUGGGACCCUCUGGAGCCCAGUUCCUUGGUAAACUUCACCUCCCCAGUGCCCCUCCACCUCUAAAUGAGGGAGAGAGUUUGGUUACCAGAAUCCUCCAGCUUGGUCCACCGGGGACCAGAUUUCUUGGUCCUGUCAUUGUGGAGAUCCCUCACUUCGCUGCCCUCCGAGGGAAGGAGCGGGAGCUGGUGAUUCUGAGGAGCGAAACAGGAGAGAGCUGGAAGGAGCAUCACUGCGAACACACUCAAGAGGAGCUCAACCAGAUACUCAAUGGCAUGGACGAGGAACUGGAAACUCCUGAAGAGCUGGAGAGGAAACGCAUUUGCCGUAUCAUCACCAGAGAUUUCCCACAAUACUUUGCUGUGGUGUCACGCAUCAAGCAAGACAGUAAUCUGAUUGGUCCUGAAGGAGGCAUCCUCAGCAGCACUGUUGUACCACAAGUUCAGGCAGUUUUUCCUGAGGGGGCGCUCACCAAGAGGAUCAGGGUUGGACUGCAGGCCCAGCCAGUGAGCAUAGAUGUCGUAAGGAAGAUCCUGGGGAAUAAGGCCAGCUUCAGUCCCAUUGUCACUCUGGAGCCCCGCAGGAGAAAAUUUCAUAAACCCAUCACCAUGACGAUCCCUGUCCCCAAGAGCAACUCCGACCCGGUCCUCAACGGUUUUGGAGGGGACACACCCACCUUACGAUUGCUUUGUAGCAUCACCGGUGGAACAACGCCAGCCCAGUGGGAGGAUAUAACAGGAACUACUCCGUUAACUUUUAUUAAUGACUGUGUGUCCUUUACCACCAAUGUGUCUGCCAGGUUCUGGCUCAUAGACUGUCGCCAAGUCCAGGAAUCGGUCAACUUCUCCACUCAGGUGUAUCGUGAAAUCAUCUGUGUCCCUUACAUGGCCAAGUUUGUAAUCUUUGCCAAGACCCACGACCCCAUUGAGGCCCGAUUGCGCUGCUUUUGCAUGACUGAUGACAAGAUUGAUAAAACACUGGAGCAGCAGGAGAACUUCACCGAGGUGGCACGCAGCCGAGAUGUAGAGGUCCUGGAAGGCAAACCUAUCUAUGCAGACUGCUUUGGUAACCUUGUUCCCCUCACGAAAAGUGGCCAACAUCACCUCUUCAGCUUUUACGCCUUUAAGGAGAACCGAUUAGCACUCUUCAUCAAAAUCAGAGACAACACUCAGGAGCCAUGUGGCCGCUUGUCAUUUAUGAAAGAACCGAGGAACUACAGGUCACUUGCACAAAAUGCUAUAUGCAACCUCAACAUCACACUUCCAUCAUACUGCAAGGAGUCUGAUUCAGACCAAGAACAAGAGGAAGAGACCAACAGACUGCUCGAGAAAUAUGAAGAGACGGAGACAUCAGUCCUGAAAUCAGAGCUGAUUCCAGAACCAGAUCUUCUAUCCGACGUGUCAGAGAUGAAACAAGAUUUGAUCAAAAUGACUGUCAUCUUGACUGCAGACUCCGCUGAGAAAUCCCCUUCCUUAGGAGGGUGUGGUCUAGAGAAAGGGACCGAGGAAGUUUCUGGAGAAGCGUUAGAAACAAUGGAAAAAGACUUAGAGAAAGUCAAAGAGGACCUAGAGAAAGUCAGUGAAAUACUGAGGAGUGGAACGUAUGAGGGUGAGGUGGCAGAGGAGGCAGCGAAAGCAGCUAGACUGGCUGAGGAAUGGGUUCUCCUCUCAGACAGUGAGAUAGAAGAAGCCAAAAAGAUGGCAGCUUUAGAAAAUCAAGAGCCUGUCUUACGAGAAAGUAGAGGUAACAGAGGGACUCCCAGACCUAAAGCCAUCAAGGACAGUGGUGACCUUAAAGAAUACCUGCUGGAUGUACCAAUAAGCUCUAAAGUUAAAGCCAAAAAAGAGACAAGUUUCCAGGAAAGAUUCACUGAUGUUGUACUACGCAAAAGUACAAAACCAACCACUCCAACCAAAGUACAUGACAAACCCACCACUGGUGAUGUUAAAAAGCCAGUGAGACGGAAGGGAAAAGACCAGGGGAAGACAGAGGAGCCGACAGAAGCAGGGAGUCAUCUAAGCGUGCCCACAGCCAAUGCCCCAGCAUCCCCUGUAUCCCCAGUGAUUGAAGAAACUCCCAUCGGAUCAAUAAAGGACAAAGUCAAAGCCUUACAACAGAAAGUGGAGGCAGAGCAAAAGAGCAAAAAGGUCACUGGAAGCAAACCUACGCAUUUGCCUGUUAUGAGCAAAUCCUCCCCAAAAGCCAAAGAAACCGCUAAGUCAAAGCAGGCCCCGCCUAAAUCCCCUAAAGCUGAUUCUGAAAAACUUGAGGAGACCAUGUCAGUUAAAGAGCUGAUGCAAGCAUUCCAAACGGGUCAAGACCCCUCAAAGAGAAAGUCUGGGCUAUUUGAGCUCAAAACAUCCUCUUCAUCCAAAUCAGAAAAAAGCACUAAAUCUGAAACUAUCCACACAAAAUCCACGACGAAAGCAGCAGCUUCACGUGUCUCUCAAGAGCGAGAAGUGUCAUUGGAUUCCAAACCCCAAAAGAAACUGAUCAGUCAGCAAGACAAAGACAUAAAACCCUCUGCUGAUUCAGAGCUAACUGACACUGUAGACUUUGGAAACGGUGGCCUUGAUGAUAGCUCUGGCAGCUUUAAACAUGAGGGGGUGGCAGACUCCCUAAGUUCUGGAAAUGGAACCUCUCAUUUGAGCUCUGAAGACAGUUACAAACAUGAGGGUCUAGCCACUCCGGGCACAAGCCCUGAAAGUCUAUGUCUUUCUCCCAAAACUGUAAAGCAGACCUCUACAACUUCGGCACCAGCUGCCACAACAGUAAAGAAAGAGAGUAAAGACACAGAGAAGGGUGGGGAUUCUGGUAUAGGGACCACUGGUGACCAACUCUCUACAGAAUUGACCCUCCUUGUCUCUUCCAGCAAGGCUACAGAUGACCACACUACAACAGAUGCCAAAAUAGGGGAUGACAGCUGUGAAAGUGAGAAGCUAUCGCAAAGUGAAUGUUUGAAUGAUGGAUCCCACAGCAAAGAGGCCAAGAGCACAUCAUCAGCCAGUGUCACCUCAGAGGGACCUCACUCUGUCUCAGACCAGCAUCAUUCAAAAUCCCAACUGAAAAAAGAAGAAAGUUGCCCACUAUCUGGAAAAGCCGAUAAAGACAAUAGCAACACAAAGGCAUCAACAUCAAACACUAAAAAUAGGACUGAUGAGCAGAAGGAAGAAAGCUUGAGGAAGUCAAGGGAAAGUAGAGGAGAUGAUACGCAUGGUCAGGAGUUAGAGAUUAGUGAGCCACAGACAGGUGUGCUGAAAAGAUGUAGUAAUGUAACAGAUGAAGUUAAAGGAGAUCAGGCUGGACUCUGUGAAACUGUUAUUACAAGUAAGACACAGGAAACGUUUAAACCAGAGGUCUGUAUCUAUGAUGACACAGAGGAGGACGACGAGGCACUGGAACUUCCCAGGACCGAGUCAAAAGGUGUCACUGCAAGGGUAGAUACAGACUCUUGGUCUGCAAUGCGGGAGGAUGAUGCCACAUUUGAAGCUCGUGUAAAAGAGGAGGAACAGAAGAUACUGAAUCUGGUUGUUGACCGUCAGUCUCAGCAAGCAACUCCAGACACCACACCUGGUAGGACACCAACAGAAGAGAGCACUCCCACCAGUGAGCCCAAUCCUUUUCUAUUCCAAGAAGGGAAGCUAUUUGAGAUGACCCGCAGUGGUGCUAUUGACAUGACAAAGAGAAGCUACGAGGAAGAGGCUGUUGGCUUUGCCUUUUUCCAGAUAGGAGAACAGCCUUUAGAGGAGCCUAUCUUAGAAGAGGCCAGACAAGAGAGUCAAAGAUCUGCUACAGAACCGGAAGUUGGUCUCAAUUUAACACUAGAGGUUAAGACUGAUAACAGUGAGCAAUCCAAAGAAACAGCUGAUUCACAGCUUCAGUCCUCGCCUGAAAAUGAACAGCCAAGCUGCAAAGCUGAUGCCUCCAAAUCUAAAAUCCCCAAAAUGGGCAUUUCAGCUUCAACUAAACCUACAAAGAAAGAUCAGACAUCCCCAGAACUUCUAGAGAUGAAAACAGAGAUAACUGAAAGAUCCUUAGAUUUAGACACAAGUGAUCAAAUGAUAACAAAUGUACAGACAGCAGAUACUACUAUCACUAGAUCAGUUUACUCUGAGCAGGGGGAAGAGUCCUCUGAUUCUUCUCCAGAGGAACCACAGUCAGUAAUAGAAGCCCCCAAAACAACAGGAAAAUCCAAACAAAGCGCUUCCAGUAGUGUUAAAAAGACUCCAGUCAAAGCACCAGCUAAGCCUACUUCUUCUCAAGGCCGCGGUAAAUCAACAGUUCAUUCUCCAUCUCAUGCAGUUUCCCCUUCAAGCACUCUUAAAAAAGAGGCCAUCUCUACUUCUGAAUCUAAAUCUAGAAUUCCAGUUAAAGCUAGCACUAUCAAGCCUGACUCUACUGUCAAACGUGCUGAAAAUAACCAAGACAAAAAACUUAAGGUCCCUGUGAAAAAGGAUACAAGGAGAAAAUCUGAGACAGAUGCAGGUCCCUCUGUGGAUGUCAAAACCAAGACUCCAUCUUCCAAAGCCAAGAGUUUCUGUGAGGGGGAGUCUCCCAGGUCGUCUUCUAAAAAAGAACAGGGUCGUCCUUUGAGUGCAGAGUCGGCAAAAUCUAAGGGUUUUCAGUCCAGAUUGCCAGUCCGAGGCAAAAGCGGUCAGUCGUCACAUUCAACAACACCCACUAAAGAAAAAAGGGAGCUGUAUAAAGAGCCCGUUGAGUUCUUUGAAGAGAUAAGUGAUGAAGCAGCAAAACUGGUGGCAAGGUUGGCACAGUCAGAGGCAGACAAAGAGCAAGAGGUUGCAGCCACCAUCUCAGAUGAUGAGAGCAGUCUCAUUGAUCCUUCAGUCAUAGAAAGAGAACAUUUCCCAGAGAUGCAGUUCCCUCCCUCAGGAGACAUCUUUCCCAUUAGACCACUGUGGGAUGAACCUGUUGAGACACAGAUGCAGCGAAUCCCAGACGAUAAAGUCCAAAGUCAAGUAGAUCCACAGGAUGACGCAGAGAGAAAAGAACAACGGUUGGCCAUUAUAGCUGACCACCUUGGCUUCAGCUGGACGGAGUUAGCACAGGAGCUUGACUUCAGUGAGGAGAGGAUCAAUGAGAUAAGAACUGGAAAUCCCAACUCACUUCAAGACCAAAGUCACGCUCUUCUGAAAAUCUGGACAGAGAGGGAGGGAAAUCUUGCCACAGAAGCAACACUUAUCAAAAGACUGACAAAGAUCAAUCGAAUGGAUAUUGUUCACCUUAUUGAAAGCAGGACGUCUGAUGAAGAAACCUCACAUACGUAUGCAGAAAUUGAGUGGACCAUAGCACAGGACCAUAGUGAAGGUUUCUCUGCUCUUCAUGAAGACAUUGACAGCCCCAGGAUUAGCAAGCGUACAGAGGCUGCAAAAAAGAAUCCAUGCUCAGGACAACAGGUACCUAUAGUGUCAGCAGAAGACCUUUCAUCCAGUUUGUCAUCACUUCAUGAGACAACAGGACGGUCAGUGACAGACUCCACAGCAGCAGGCCUUCUUAGAACUGUUCACGAAGACAAGCCACAAAAAGAGAUGGAGACAACACACUUAUCACAAAGAAUAUAUGAGGAAAUGACAGACUUGGUACACACUGGCAGUUUUAAACAAGAGAUAGCUGAGGAGCUAGGGAUGCUGUCCUCUGAUAGCUCAGAGGAGGAUGUACUGACCACCAGGGUGGUCCGACGCCGAGUAAUCAUUCAGGCUGAUAACCUGCCAGACAUCCCACUGCAGACCCUGACAGAAGAGAAGUACACAGAUGAAGAUGGCAACAUGGUAGUUAAGAAAGUCACGCGGAAGGUCAUUCGUAAAUAUGUGUCUCCAGAUGGCAUGGAAACACAGGAAGUGACCGUCGAAGGCUCUCGCCAGGAGUCGAUCCAGAUAGAGGAGGGAGAUGCUGUUUCAAAAGUGGUGAAGAGAACUGUGCUUCACAGUGAAGGCGAUCAGAAAGAGCUGACCUUUGCAGAGUCCCCAGCUCCGAGCGCUGCCACAGCGUCAGAGUUUGAAGUGGAGCCAGUGCAGGGUAGAAAGGUCAGCAAGGUUGUCAAGACAACUGUGGUGAGAGGCGAGAGGAUGGAGAAGCAUACAGGAGACCCGUCACUGGCUGCAGAUCUCCCUUCAGCCAGAGAGGACUUUGAGAAGGCAAUGAGUUAUGCUGGAGGAUUUGGGAAAGUGCUAAUGCCGCAUAUAGUAGAGAAAGAGAUUGUACAGGAUGACGGUUCUGUGGUUAAAAGAAGCCAGAUGCGUAAUUCACGCACCCAGAAGAGGACCGUGGUGAGGGAUGCUCAGGGGAAGCAUGUGCACCUAGAGCGCCUGGACAACACCGCAGAUGCCCUGCAGCCUGAUGCACUGCAGCAGCACCUGCACCGACUGCUCCAGCGCUACUGUGAGGACACCCAGGAGGAGGAGGAUGAAGAAGAGGAUGAGGAGGGGGAGGAGGAGGAGGGGGAUGAAAACCUUAACUGAGCAGCUGCUUCCACUGAUCUACAUUUUCCACUAAAGCUUUUGGUGACGUACACUUCCUCAGAUCAAACUGCCCCUGCUCAUCACUGGAGUUUUUCUUUCUUCUUCUUUGGUUUGUCAGAUAUUGGAACCGUAUUUUUGUGCUUUAACAAUAGAUGUUUGCUCUGAUUGUGACCAAAGAUAGCCACCCUCACUGUCCUGAUGAUUUUUGUUCGUGUUUCGCUUCCUGUGGCUGCUUUGAUGUGAUUUAGGUACGAUGCACCAAAGGCGGAUUAGAAAUAAAAGGGGCAUCUCGGAUGUGUCGCCUCACGCACCGGCCUCUUCUUGAAGAACUCUUGUAAACAUUUGUACAUAGGGGAGUUGACAACAAAGAGUCACGCUUGGACUGGAAAAUUCAAAGCAUUUACCCUGUUAGCCCACCUAAACCUGCUGUACAUGCACCGAUGCAGCUGGAGAAUGGCCACAGUACACAUGAGAUUAAUGUCAGACAGAGAAUAAAGUGAAGAGAGUGAAAGUGUGCGUAUCAGAAACUCAGCCAAACAUCAACCUGCCGAUCUGUUUACAAAGGCUGUGUGCUCACACCUUUUGUCUUCCCACAAUGCAUCUGCCCUUAUUUUAUCUACGUGUCUGUCCUUCUCACACGUGUGAAGCAUUCUUUCUGUCACGCAGCUGCCACCUCUGUGUGGAGUGUAUACAGAGUGUCUAUGGAGAAAGAAAGUAGUGAUAAUGAAUGUGUUGGUGCAGCACUCAUCUCCUCGUGUUUCAUGUUGGUGCUUUUCCUUACCUGCAGCUACACGUGCCGUUUUCACACCUUUUAAAGGACAGGUUUGACUGUGUCAUUGUCAACUAAUCUAUAGAAAAACCCCAAACCACCUCUGUUUUUACUCCUCUGCUGCACAGAGCUCUGUCAUUGGCCAUGCAUAUGGACACGCAGCUGAAAAUAGUCCCAGUACAUUUCAACAACAUUUCCUCCAGCUUGCAACACUGAGUUUAAUAUAAAAUGAAGUGUUGAGUCUGUGAGAAAAUGGACAGUUUGGUUUUGAUUUAUUAUAAAAAUGGCACCACAGGUUUCAUAGUCUCAGCCUUUAAGUGUUCUUCAAGUUCAUUUAGUAAAUUAUGGACCCACUGAGGUGAAAUAGACAUUGGAGCAAAAACCCUAUGAGUAUGCAUUUGGUAACAGUGGGAAGGAAGAACUCACUAUCAACAGGAAGCGACCUCUGGUAGUAAUUAAGAAACAUAAAGAGACGAUGAACAGCCCACAGGUUCUAAUUAGAUCAACUCCUCGCUCCAAGACGAUGAAUGGUGUCAAACAAGGCUCCAGAAACCAGUGGGUCCUUUUAUAGUCUGGUUAUGGUCCCAGUGAGCAAGUCAGAAAGUGAUGGCAGAGCUGGAAGGUAACACUUUGUUGGUUUGGGGCUUCUCGUCAGGUUUGUAGACACGUAACAGCAGGCUUGUCCUUUAGUUUUGUUUUUUAAAAACAGAUAAAUAAUGUAGUUGUGUAUUCGACUGUUUCUUGUCAUCACUGUUAUCACAUGUUUGACUUAAAAGCCACUUUAAAUCCAGGCCGAGGCCAGCUUUACCAACUUCAUUUACGACACCUCUAUUUCUUUCUUUAUUUAUUGCUGUGUGUGUGUGUGUGUGUGUGUGUGUGUGUGAGAGAGAGAGUUUGGAUGUAUGUUAAAGCUACAGGUAAACCUUUGUUUGUUUGUUUCUUUGCCAUCGCAGACAAACAGUUGUGUUGUUAUAAGGUGGCUACGACGCAUUCAGACAUGUGUGUUUGGUGUUCAUCUACGUAUUUUCCGUGUAAUAAUACAAUCCACGUGUUGCCAUUUACUUUGAGUGUGAUGGAAGAAUAAAAGAAAUGUCAAAAAGAGCAAACUGAUUUGAUAACUGAGCAUCUUAAUUCCAUGGUGAUAACAAUAUAUACAUAUUAACAGUGCAAAUAUUUAUGCGGGCAUGUAUGACUUUAUCAAAUGAUGACUUAAAAAAUAAACCCAAACGCUAAUGAGGUAAAAGCUGCAGUGUGUUUGUGGCACGACAAUAAAACUGUACAUGUGUCAAAUGA